AUGGCUCUUCAUAUUCAUGAAGCUUGCGUACUUCUGUUGGUCAUCCUUGGAUUAGUCACCUCUGCUGCCAUCAGUCAUGAAGACUAUCCUGCUGAUGAAGGUGACCAGACCUCCAGUAAUGACAAUCUGAUCUUUGAUGACUAUCGAGGGAAAGGGUGUGUGGAUGACAGCGGCUUUGUAUACAAGUUGGGAGAACGAUUUUUCCCAGGGCAUUCCAACUGUCCAUGUGUCUGUGCUCUGGAUGGACCUGUUUGUGAUCAGCCAGAAUGCCCUAAAAUUCACCCAAAGUGUACUAAAGUGGAACACAAUGGAUGCUGUCCUGAGUGCAAAGAAGUGAAAAACUUUUGUGAAUAUCAUGGGAAACAUUACAAAAUCUUGGAGGAAUUUAAGCCCUCUCCAUGUGAAUGGUGUCGCUGUGAGCCCAGCAAUGAAGUUCACUGUGUUGUAGCAGACUGCGCAGUUCCUGAGUGUGUCAACCCAGUCUAUGAACCAGAACAAUGUUGUCCUGUCUGCAAAAAUGGUCCAAACUGCUUUGCAGGAACUACAAUAAUCCCGGCUGGCAUUGAAGUGAAAGUGGAUGAAUGUAACAUCUGUCACUGUCACAAUGGGGACUGGUGGAAGCCUGCUCAGUGCUCAAAACGCGAAUGCCAAGGCAAGCAGACUGUGUAGAACAAAUUCCCAACCAAUGAGGAGUUCUUAGGAGAGGAUACUAUGGCUUCCACACUGCACAUGUUUGAAACAAAACAAAACAAAACAAACAAACUCCUGCCAGCUACA